GGCAUCAGUCCGCCGCCGCCGGGGCUGGGGCUGGGGCCGUGGCUACAGCUGUCACUGCGGCUGGAACUGUCACUGGAGCUGGACGCGGCGGAGCUGAAGCUGGGCCAGGGCGGAGCGCAGCGCCGCGCCAGGGCCGCAAGGAGGGGUGUGUUGCUGCCGGCCCACCGCGAGCCGCCCCCAGCCCGCGCCGAGGCGCCCUCCCGCCAGGCCGCCUGCCUCCGCCUUCCGCCUCCCUCCAUUUCCCCGGAAUUUCAGCCCGGCGCGCCUGCACCCCGGCCCGCCUGCACCCCGGCCCUGCUCUGGGUGGGGAAGCUCCCGGCCGCUUUCCGGCUUCACUCCUUCCUGGCAGGCUGGGCUCCCAGCCCCCUCUCUUCUUUUCUUGGACUGGCUCCCACCCCCCCCACCCCUCCUUUGGUCCCCCUUUCUUUAGCUCAGGCUCCCUGCCCCUUCCCUUAGCUGAGUCCCAGCUCCUCAGUCACUUUCCUCAGCCAAGGGUCCCAGCCUUUCCUCUUCCUUUUCCUUGUCUGGGGUCCAACCUGUCCUGUCUCUUCCUCUGUCCCUAGGGUGCAAUCUCUUUCUCCCACCCCCUUUCCCGGGCCUGAGUUCCAGACCUUUUGGUCUCCUGUGGUCCUUCCUGGGUCCUUGUCCCCUUACCCCAGUUUGGAGUUCUCCACUGCAAACCCAGCCUCCCUCCACCCCCAGAGAUCUGCCUCCACACAAAUACUUCUCUAAAACAUGAACUUUUCCUAGGAACUGCCCCAGUCUGUCUUCCACCUGCUGACCCCUUGCUACCUAUGUCCCAGGUCUUACUCUCACUUUGCUGACGGUCAAGGCCUGCUGAACCAAGGGCUCAGCAUGAUGCUUCUGUGGUCUGGCGUCUGUGGCCGCGCUCCCCCGCGAAUUUUCCCUUCGUUGCUGGUGGUGGUAGCCUUGGUGGGGCUGCUACCUGUUCUCAGGAGCCAUGGCCUCCAGCCCAGCCCUACGGCCAGCACCAUCCGAGGCUCAGAGCCACCUCGGGAACGCUCCAUUGGGGAUGUCACCACCGCCCCACCGGAGCUCGCCCCCGAGAGCCGCCCUGUUAACCAUUCCGUCACUGAACACAGCAUGAAGACUCGAAAGGCCUUUCCAGUCCUGGGCAUCGAUUACACACAUGUGCGCACACCCUUUGAAAUCUCGCUGUGGAUCCUGCUGGCCUGCCUCAUGAAGAUAGGUUUCCAUGUGAUCCCCACUAUCUCGAGCAUCGUCCCAGAGAGCUGCCUGCUGAUCGUGGUGGGGUUGCUGGUGGGGGGCCUGAUCAAGGGCGUGGGCGAGAAGCCCCCCUUCCUGCAGUCAGACGUCUUCUUCCUCUUCCUGCUGCCGCCCAUCAUCCUGGACGCGGGCUACUUCCUGCCGCUGCGGCAGUUCACGGAGAACCUGGGCACCAUUCUGAUCUUCGCCGUGGUGGGCACGCUGUGGAAUGCCUUCUUCCUGGGCGGCCUCAUGUACGCCGUGUGCCUGGUGGGCGGCGAGCAGAUCAACAACAUCGGCCUCCUGGACAACCUGCUCUUCGGCAGCAUCAUCUCCGCCGUGGACCCCGUGGCCGUGCUGGCCGUCUUCGAGGAGAUCCACAUCAACGAGCUGCUGCAUAUCCUUGUCUUCGGGGAGUCCCUGCUCAAUGACGCCGUCACUGUGGUCCUGUAUCACCUCUUUGAGGAGUUUGCCAACUAUGACCGAGUGGGCAUUGUGGACAUCGUCCUCGGCUUCCUGAGCUUCUUCGUGGUGUCCCUGGGUGGGGUGUUUGUAGGCGUGGUCUACGGGGUCAUUGCAGCCUUCACCUCCCGAUUCACGGCCCACAUCCGCGUCAUCGAGCCGCUGUUCGUCUUCCUCUACAGCUACAUGGCCUACCUGUCGGCUGAGCUCUUCCACCUGUCGGGCAUCAUGGCACUCAUCGCCUCGGGAGUGGUGAUGCGCCCCUACGUGGAGGCCAACAUCUCCCACAAGUCCCACACGACCAUCAAGUAUUUCCUGAAGAUGUGGAGCAGCGUCAGUGAGACCCUCAUUUUCAUCUUCCUUGGCGUCUCCACUGUGGCCGGCUCCCACCACUGGAACUGGACCUUUGUCAUCAGCACCCUGCUCUUCUGCCUCAUCGCCCGAGUGCUGGGGGUGCUGGGCCUGACCUGGUUCAUCAACAAGUUCCGAAUUGUGAAGCUGACCCCCAAGGACCAGUUCAUCAUCGCUUAUGGGGGCCUGCGAGGGGCCAUCGCCUUCUCCCUGGGCUACCUCCUGGACAAGAAGCACUUCCCCAUGUGUGACCUGUUCCUCACUGCCAUCAUCACGGUCAUCUUCUUCACUGUCUUUGUGCAGGGCAUGACCAUUCGGCCCCUGGUAGACCUGUUGGCUGUGAAGAAAAAGCAAGAAACCAAGCGCUCUAUCAACGAGGAGAUCCACACACAGUUCCUGGACCACCUUCUGACAGGCAUCGAGGACAUCUGUGGCCAUUACGGCCACCACCACUGGAAGGACAAGCUCAACCGGUUUAACAAGAAAUACGUGAAGAAGUGUCUGAUAGCGGGGGAGCGCUCCAAGGAGCCCCAGCUCAUCGCCUUCUACCACAAGAUGGAGAUGAAGCAGGCAAUUGAGCUGGUGGAGAGCGGUGGCAUGGGCAAGAUCCCUUCUGCUGUCUCCACUGUCUCCAUGCAGAACAUCCACCCCAAGUCCCUGCCUGCCGAGCGCAUCCUGCCAGCACUGUCCAAGGACAAGGAGGAGGAGAUCCGCAAAAUCCUGAGGAACAACUUGCAGAAGACCAGGCAGCGGCUGCGGUCCUACAACAGGCACACACUGGUGGCAGACCCCUACGAGGAGGCCUGGAACCAGAUGCUGCUCCGCAGACAGAAGGCCCGGCAACUGGAGCAGAAGAUCAACAACUACCUGACGGUGCCGGCCCACAAGCUGGACUCACCUACCAUGUCGAGGGCCCGCAUCGGCUCAGACCCGCUGGCCUAUGAGCCGAAGGCCGACUUGCCGGUUAUCACCAUCGACCCAGCCUCCCCGCAGUCGCCCGAGUCUGUGGACCUGGUGAAUGAGGAGCUGAAGGGCAAGGUCUUGGGGCUGAACCGGGACCCAGCCAGGGUGGCGGAGGAGGACGAGGAUGACGAUGGGGGCAUUGUGAUGCGGACCAAGGAGCUCUCUUCCCCAGGAACAGAUGAUGUCUUCACCCCUGUGCCCAGUGACAGCCCCAGCUCCCAGAGGAUACAGCGCUGCCUCAGUGACCCAGGUCCCCACCCCGAGCCUGGGGAGGGAGAGCCUUUCAUCCCCAAGGGGCCGUAGCGCUGGGGUCAGUGGGCAGUGCCCGUCCCACCACAGACUCUCCCACCAGAGCAGGGGCUGCUGGGGGAGCUGGGGGCUCCCUUUGUCCUUCCUGACCUGGAUUGGCCCUGCCCCUCCCCUGACCGCAUGGCAGCUGGGCCCACAGCCCCCACUGCAGCACGGCUUCCCCCUGCCUCCUGGGAAGCACCCUCCCUCCCAGCAGAACUGCCUUCCCAAUCCAUUUGGCAGAACUGUUGGGCUGUGAGGCAGAUCCUGCCCCUUCCCGAUUCAGGCUCUCUCCCAAACCCAGCCGAGGGCCUCGAGAUUCCCAGCCCUCAGAGGCCUAGUCCCUACUCCAUCAACCUCAUUCAGACCAAUCUUAGUUCCUAACCAAAAAGCCUCUGGCUCAGCCUUGGUCCCACCUGGAAAGGGAAGGAGCCAAGACCUUUCUUGGCCUAGGCCGGGCCCUACAUUAACAGCGGAAAGACUGGGGGACCAGGUAUCUGACUGGGGUAGGGAUCAGUGACACCCGGCAGGCCCACCCUCUUCCUGCCAACUCUGUCACCCUGGCCAGCCCCCCUGACCUGUGUUACUCAGAGCUGCAGGCUGAGGGUGUCUCUGAGCUUCUCCGACUGGAGCUGGGGCGCUUUGGACAGUGAUGUGACUUUGCUUUCCAGACUGCUCCAGUGGGGACCACUGGACCCUCCAGGGGCGACUGUCAGGGGUGGGACUGUCAGGGGCUCCAGAAAGUGCUGCCUUUUUAUCUGUUUUGUUUGCUCACACUCCAUUCAAUUUGCACAGAGGGCAUUCCUGUUUUUAAAACAUUUUGAAAACCCCUGGCUUACCAGAGCUCUAGCCCUCCUACUCCAGAGAAUUACCCCUCCUCGUCUGUGCCUGUCUGCCCAAUACUCCCCCAGGUUGGUCCUCUGGGCUCUUAACUGUGGCCCCAAGGCUAUGAUUUUAGAAGUGACCUCUUCCACUCCAAUUCAUGAUUCUCUAACUCGCUGAUGCUGGGCUCCCCAGCACCUUCUAUGCUCUUGGGCCUGACCUCCAGUUCCUGCUGGCCUGUUCUUUCUCUCAUCCCUCUCCACCCCCUUGGCCCCUGGACCUCUUACAUGCACCGCACCCAGCUUGCUGUGGAGCCCAGUCCUUAGGGGAGAAGGCCUCUCCGAGCAUCUCCCACCCCACCAGGACUGGUGGGUGGGCAGAGUCCUGGGCCCCCAGAGGCCUUUGCUCCCAGGCACACACUCCUGCCUCCACUGCCACCAUGGCCAGGCCCAGGCCCGUUGGUGUCUGUCCUUCCCCAGGAUUGUGCAAUAGUCAGAGUGUCCCUCUUCCCAGCCGACUGGGCAGUGGGUGCCCCUCUGUCCCUCUCCUCUCCAUGCAAGUCCUGUUUUGGGCAGGAGUUCACCACGCAAGGGUGACGUGGACAACCAGGUUCAAAGCCGCCACAGCUGCUGUGGUUCUGCCGCCCACACGGAAGAAACCGGAUCUUUUUCAUAUUCUAAUAAAGCAGUGUGAGUUUUUGUAGAGUUGAGGGCUGCUUCCUAGGGACCAGGACUUCGGGAAGGAGGGUGGCCUGGGGGUACUUAGCUCAGUGGCUGGCACAAGAAACACCGAAUCCCCGUCAGCUGCGGGCGUGGUCCUUACUGUGUGCCAGGCACCAGAUAGAGCAGUGAGCAGUGCAGGGCGCUCCCUGCCCUCGGGUGCCUUCAGCCUCUCAGGGAGGCAGCCUGGCGAUGGGGGGGGAGGGGGGGACAAGGAGGACUGUCCUGAGUCAUCUUAGGAAAGGACUAGAGAAUGAGCUGAGGUUACCAGGUGAAGAAGGUGUCAGGGAGUUCCUGAAUGUUCUAAUCAGGAGCUGCCCUGGCAAAGACCCUAGGAUCUGAGAAAAGGCCCGUUUGGCUGGGUCAGAGGGUGACAGGAAGGGAGGCAAAGAUAGGACCUAGCGGUCCUCGGUUAAAUUUUGGUUUAUAGGAAGGGCAACGGGAAGGUUCUGUCACCUGUAAAGCGUGGAUGAAAGUGCUCAGGUGUGUAAGGGUCGGCACAGUGCCGGGUCCAGUGGGCUCAGUUCAGUGGAGGUUGGAUCCCUGAGGUGCAUUUCCAGGAGCUGACCACCAGAGGGCAGUGGGGCCUUGGCACACAUCCCGGGCACCCCUGGAACCUGGGCUGCCCGGGGAAAGCGUCUCUUUUGCUCAGACCGGGAGUCUGGAGUGGUCAGUGCCAAAAGGCCUGUCAGGAAGGACCAUAGCAUCCAUUCCUGUAUCAGCCAGUGCCCCAACAAGAAAAGAUGGUACAUUCAAAGCAAUAUGGAAGAGCCUUCAACUAAAGGAUUCUUUACAGAGGUGUGGGCAGGGUGAAGGGAACCUAGCAGGCAUGGGGCCCAGGGGGCUCACACCACAGUGAAGCUGUUAUAACCCCUCCACCUGAAGAGCAAGAGGAAGGGAGCUGCCCUACUGGUGCCUCCCCUUGGCCAAACCCAUCUGAAAGCCAGAAAGGAAGGCCUCCGAAUGACUUCACUGAGUUUGGCCCACAGAGGUCAGCCUUGCAGUAAAUGGAGCAAGGGGAGAGUGGAUUUAGGGGACAGGAUAUCUGAGCAGGGCUGUUCCUUUUGCCCCUACACCAUCCACCCAUCCUUCAGAUGAAAAACUCAUGUCCCUAUUGCUUAAUGAUUCCAGAAUUUCUGCUUGGGGUGAUGAAAAGUUUUGAAAAUAGUUUGUGGUGAUGGGUGCACAACAUUGUGAAGGUACAAAGUGCUCUGGAUGGUUCACUUCAACAUAGCUCAUUUUAGGUUAUGUGCCUUUCAGCUCAAUUUUUUUUUUUAAAGAUUUUUUUAAUUUAUUUAUUUUGAGAGAGAGAAUGAGAGACAGAGAGCAUGAGAGGGAGGAGGGUCAGAGGGAGAAGCAGACUCCCUGCCGAGCAGGGAGCCCGAUGCGGGACUCGAUCCCGGGACUCCAGGAUCAUGACCUGAGCCGAAGGCAGUCGCUUAACCAACUGAGCCACCCAGGCGCCCUCAGCUCAAUUUUUUUUUAAAUGGAAGGAAAGCUCAUCCCCAACAGGAAAACCAGUCUCAUCAGCCACCACCUCCUUGUCAGACACCAUAUUCUUGUCGUGCUUCAGUCAUACCCUUUAACUUAAAAUGUCAUCACCAGGCUCUUUCAGUAAGAUGAGGGGUGGGGUGCAGAAAACAACAGAAACCCACCAAGGAACCCCUUCUGCAGCUGGUCACAAUGCUUAGUUCAGCACUCGAUGGCAUCCUCCUUCCACCCCCUUCUAUGCCCCUCUUACCAGCUGCCAGCUCUCUGGCUGGUUGGGCUCUUUACCUGGUGGGUUGUCCUAAGCCUUUAUUCCUGUGCAAUUCAGGUUUUCUUCUUGGUCUUAGGUUCGUUGGGUUGCCAAGUUUCCCGUUGACGGUCAUUAUUGGACAUGGGAGAUCCAAGAGGCACCCAGUAAAUCUUCUGGAUUCCAGAUGUUGCCUUCCUGCCCAUCCCCCAUUUUCCUUCUAGUAAUCUAGAUUAAUCACACUAUCUGGUACAGUUGACCCCCUCUCUGACUUUAGGUUAAGUAACAUACAGAGCUCAAAAUGACCCAAGGGAAGACUCUACUUCCAAUUUAAAGGAAGCACAUAUGUGUUCCCUGGAGGAAGUAUUCCUCCAGGCCCACUGAACACAAAGUUGAGAGGAUGGAAAGCAAAAAUUCCCCCAGGAAGUUAUUCGGAAUAAUAUUGAGCAGAGCCACUCCCAUCCCUACCACUUGGUCCCUGGGCCUCUGUGUUCUGGCUAUGAGAGGUGGAACCAGAUAUUGACCACUGAUUUAAAGCAUGGACUGCAUCCUGCCCGUCCACCUCACAUUGCACAGUAGUAUCUCCCAGCUGGUGCUGUAACACUAUUCUAUCCAUUCAACUGCUUCUGAGCGACAGGGCACAUUGUAAGUCCAAUGCAUUAAGAUCAUUGCUGUAUGCCCCUCACCAUAGAAUGAAAUUAGGCAAUGUGUGGGAUAGCAUAGUGAUGAAUAAGGCAUUCUGGAAAGUCCAGAGACGAUGGUGCUGGCUGAAGCCUUGCAGGCAGGGAAAGGAAGUGCGUAUCAGAAAUAUAUGUUUAUUACCAUGAGCUAGUAAGUAACUUUUCCCUUCAUAAAAGAAGGGGUUAGUGUAAUCGACCCACCAAUGGGUAGGUAGAUGGUCCCCCUAGAACAGUGGUUCUCAAGGUUUUGGUCUCAGAAAUCCUUCACAUUCUUAAAAAUUAUUGAAAAAUUGUACUCUUAAAAAUUAUAAAGGGCCUUUGUGGUGGUUAUAUUUAUUUUGCUGGAUGAGAAAUUAAGCUUUAAAGAUUUUUUAAAAUUUAUUUGUCAGAGAGCAUGUAAGCAAGGGGAGUGGCAGGCAGAGAGAGAAGCAGGCUCCCCGCUGAGCAAGGAGCCCAAUGCAGGAUUCGGUCCCAGGACCCUGGGAUCGUGACCUGAGCCAAAGGCAGAUGCUUAACUGACUGAGCCACCCAGGUGUCCCCAGGAAAUUAAGCUUUAAAAUAGUCAUUUAAAAUGAAUAUAUCUAUUACAUGUUAAUACAAAUGUAAAGUUUUGAAUGAAAAAUAACUUUCAAAACAACUGUGAAGAGAGCAGCCUUACUCAACAUUUUUGCCAAUCUUGAAAGAUAUUUGGCUCAAUGCAAGACAGCUAGAUUCUCAAAUCUGCUUCAGCAUUUAGUCUGUUGUAUGUAUGUCAGCCCUCUGGAAAAUUCCUAUAUACACUCAUGAAAGAAUGACAAUGAAAUAGACAAAGAAUGCCUUAGUAGUAAUAUGAAGGUAGAUUUGACCUCACAGAACUCCUAAAAGACUAUUGGGGAACCCCCAGGGGUUCCUAGUUUACACUUUGAGAACCAUUGACCCAGGGAAUGGUGCCACAUAGGAAACUCAGCUUGGUCUUUGCUGUGGGCAGCCAGGGUGCUCAGCAGUGCCAAUUGCCCAUCAGAUUAGGUGAGGGAAAUAUGUUGAGCCUAUGUGCAUUAGUUUUCUAUAGCUGCUGUAAUAAAUUACCACACAUUUAAUAACUUCAAACAACACAAAUUUAUUAUCUUACAGUUCUGGAAGUCAGAAGCUUGACAUAAGCCUUACUGGGCUGAAACCAAGGUGUCAGCAAAGCUGCAUUCCUUUCUGAAGUCUCUAGAGGAGAAUCUAUUGUUCUUGCUUCUAGAGGCUACCUGCAUUCCUUAGCAGGUGCCCUCCUUCCAUCUUCAAAAUUGGUCAUGGCCAAUCCUUUCCCACAUUAUACCACCCUGACACAGACUACCUCCUCCUUCCACAUUUAAAGACCCUUGUGAUUACAUUGGGCCCAUCCAGAUAAUGCAGGAUACUCUCCCUAGUUUUACAAUCAGCUGUUCAGCAACCUUAAUUCUAUCUGCUACCUUAAUUCACCUUUGCCAUAUAAAAUGUAUUCACAGAUUCCAAGAAUUAGAACAUCUUUGGGAUGUCAUUAUUCUGCCUACCUUACUAUGAAUAGCCCCCAUCCCUGCCACCAUGGCCACUCUAUGUGGGCCCAUUGAGCAAGAACC